AAUUAAAUUUUAGAAAACUUUCAGAUAGUAAAGUGAAAUUCACGCUACAUAAAUUCUUUAUUUAUUUUGACAUAACCUUUCAUUUUGGAGAAAUUUUGUGUCCAGAUUUCAAACGGCUCCAUGUUGGUCUUCACUACGAUGCAGAGGCAUUCUUUGUUUGUCUCUUAUAAGAGUGUAACCCUUUUCCAAAAUAAUUUACAUUAGCUACAUUGUUUUAUAUUAAAAUAUUAAGAUAUUUCUUAGCUUCUUCUUCUUCUUUGACUUUGAAAGCAUCAUCAACCAAUCAACUUCCCACAAAAUACCCAAUGCCACGUGUACUAUAUUGACGCGUCCCUCUGGUUUUGGUGGCUGCCAGCCCAGUACGAAAUAUUCAUAAGAGAAAGACUAGUCUAGCCAGAAAACCAAAAUAUUUGUAUAAGCUCUCCACCUAUCUUUUUUCAUUUCCCCAAACGAAAAAAAGGUUUAUUAAAGAGAAUGGAAAGGUUUACAUCACUGACAAAAAUAUCUAAAAUCCGCUCAGGCUAGGCCACACUUGUACCAAACAUGCUUCUCAAGUCAAAAAUCCACUAAGACCACACUUGGUUCUAAACAUGACGCUUGUUCCAAACAUGCUUCUCAAAAAUCCACAACAUGCUUCUCAAAAAUCCACUCAGGCCACACUUGGUUCUAAACAUGGUUACCUCCUACUUUUGACACAAAGGCCGCAACCUGGUGCGCUGCCUUAUUACACUGGCGGGGAGUAUCUUUGAAAACAUGCAACUGUCCAGCAAGCAUCUGGAUAUCAAAAACAAUCUAAUUAAGCUCUCCUCCUAUCUUCGUCUCCUACAGUAUCAAUCUUUAGCAUAUAUUAUAUAGAUUGCUCAUCAUGAGUCACGACCAGCACCAUCAUCAUCAGGCUCCAGAGGUAUAUCCACCACCACCACCUUCCGGUGCAGUUCACGAAUACAAUCAAGGUGGUCCAUAUGUUGUUGCACCACCAGUUGCUUACCCCAUGAAACAUGAUGGUCCUGAAAACCCCCAACAACCACCUCCCUACCCCGAGCAACAACAGCAACCUGCAGAGUCUCAUCAUCGUAGGGGUGAUGGAUUUUGCACAAGAUGUUGUUUUGCCAUGUUGAGCUGUUUUUGCGACUUGUGCUGUAUGCCGCUGGGUCCCGAAGCUUACCUUUCCUAUCACACACGGUAGUCAACUUCACAAUCUCCUCCUAGCAACUAGCCUUUUCUGCUGUAAAUUGGAUUUCCUGCUGUAAAUCGGAUCGUAUUCAUAUAUAUAUAUUAUUUCCUACCUUAAGUAGAUAUCUUGUAUUAGUAUAAAUAGGGACUUUGUGUAAUCUGUUUAAUACAAAGAAAUAUAUUUUGGGAGCUUCACUAAUAUACCCAAAA